UAACUAAAAUCUGGGAUUCUAUUUUUCAAAUUAAAGAAGUAAAGAAAUUAUCAGGGGAAUUAGGUCAGGACUCAGGAGUAAGACAUAACAGAUAGCAUAAAAAAUAGUAGCAAAUUUGGGGCAUUAUGGUGUGCUCCACUUUCAGGUUUGUGUAAACGAGGUGGUAAGUUGAGCCAUUUUGGGCAGAAAUAAAGGCAAAUGCUGGUGGGUUCUUUUGGGAUCCAGAGGGUGUCGGUGACACAACAGUUUUGUCUCUCUAUCUUCGUAGGCGGCGAAGGAAACAGGGGAUUGGUCAAAGGGAAAGAUCUGAAACAGGGAGCGAAAAUGAGGUUAGUAGGGCUGACCGGCGGGAUUGCUUCAGGGAAGAGUACCGUCUCUUCCAUGUUCAAGCACAACCAUAUUCCCGUCGUCGAUGCUGACAUCAUUGCUCGGGAUGCCUUGAAGAAGAACUCCGGCGAGUACAAAAAAGUGGUGGCGGCAUUCGGACCGGACAUUUUACAAGAUGAUGGCCGAGUUGAUCGUUUGAAAUUGGGACGAAUUGUCUUCUCUGAUGCCUCCAAACGUCAACUCCUUAAUCGGUUAUUGGCUCCCUAUAUAUCUUCUGGCAUAUUUUUAGAAAUUUUGAAGCUUUGGUUAAAAGGUCAUAAGGUGAUCAUUCUUGACAUUCCGUUGUUGUUUGAGGCCAAGAUGGAUAAGUGGACAAAACCCAUUGUUGUUGUAUGGGUUGAUCCUGAAACACAACUUCAACGACUUAUGGAAAGAGAUAAUUCGACAGAGGAGGAUGCCAGGAACAGGAUUAAUGCUCAGAUGUCUCUAGAUUUGAAGAAGAGCCAAGCAGAUAUUGUGAUAGAUAACACUGGAUCACGUCAAGACUUGCAGGAAAGGUUCAGUGAGGUACUGUCGCAGGUCAAAAGGCCCUUGACAUGGACUGAAUUCUGGCUUUCAAGGGAUGGAGCCUUGACAGCUUUACUUGGUGUGAUAAUAGGUGUUCUUGCAGGCAAGAAAUUUUUUUGGUAAUUUAAAGGUACUGCAAUCACCACCGAGGCACCAACUUGUGGUUUCAAACUGGUAAUAAAUCUAGUCUUUUCUUGAUGAGGAGGUGAUGUUGUUGUAGGUAUAAAUAACAGCAAAUAAGAUGAAUUAUGCUUACUCCUGCCAAUUUUAUAUUUAAGAAUUCACUACUGUACCUUUUACUUAAAGGUUGUAGAAUGUUGUUGGUUUUCUUUCGAUUGCUAACUGUGAUAUACGUAGUUUUUUAUACCAUGAAACUUAGAUUUACCUUCAAACUCUUUACAUUACUUGGUAUAAAUUGAAUAAUCAUUUAAUAAUCUAGAUGUGAAUCUGACUAUAUUGUUACCGAGACUAAAGAUGCCUGCUGUAAAAUUGAACUUGCUUCUGAUUAUUUUCAUGCCAUAGAAUGAAAUUAUGGAAUUGGUUUCUGUUUUUACUUUUAACUUUAGGACCAUAGAAGUAGGUACCUUUUUGUUGCUACUGCAGGCUUACUGGGUUCACACCAGGCUGAAGAGAUUUCAUUGAUUGUAGUGGAAAAGUAUUUCAGCUCGCUUGGUUCCAUAAAACUCCUGGCUGCUGAUUACUUUCUUUGAUUGAUUCUGUAAGUUCCUUCCAUCCCCGCCUCAUCCUUCCGUGGGUUCAUAAUUAAAUCAGAUUCUUCUGUUAUUACUUGAAUAAUAUACUUGAAUUUAACUACUACAUUUUUGAAUUGCCUUGUUUUAUGAUUUGAUUGUUCCCUACCUAGCAUUCAUCAUCUGUGGUAGUCCUUCAUUUAGUAUUCCCCGGUAUAAUAUGCUUCAUACUUUACUGCCUUACCUAUUCUACAGCUUCUUUUGAUCUAGUUGAAGGCAAAUACCAUAAUGAGUGGUCUACUCACUGAGAUAAGUCCCCUUAAGUGUGGUUGUAUACUGCAUUAAGGUUGUUGCCGCCAUCAGAUUUUAUUGAAUUCUUCUUUUGAGAUUUGGGUGAUAAGACUUUUAAUGAUAAUAAACUUGUUCCUUUUACACUAUUUCUGUACAAAGGGCAUAAAAGCAAGACCUAUGAAUUGUGAGUGCCAAGUGUUGUCACAAGUCAAGCAUGGUAGAGCCAUUGGCUUAGACAAAGUGUAUUGGGUGGUGUUUUACAAAGUCCAUUAAAGUUUCUUAACCUCUUUUCUGGGGUAAAUAUCUAUACAUACCAGUUAACUUAAAAGCUUCCAAUUCUUUUUCAAAGGUGCUCGUACCACUGAAUUAGGUUGUUCAAAGCUAGCAAGGUUACAAUGGCUAUAUAAUUUAUUUUGUAGUUGAACUUUGUUAAUUUCUACUUCCGUUAAGGGCACUUGCGGUCGUUGUUCACUUUCAUGUCUGGCUGUUGAAAGCAUGAACUGGACAAAUCGAGAGAUUUAUCUUCAUACAGGUACGACUAGGUUUUUCUUAUGCUAUCAUUUGUUGGUUUAUAACUAUUUUUCAUUGAGAUGUUUGACAUAAAUGAGAACCAAAACUGAUAAGAUAUUCUCAGAGUAGAAAUGGGGGUAAAGCAAGGGACGGGAAGGAACACUUGCUUCUUUUGAUGUCUGAUUUUAUGAGGUCUAAUUCUGCUUUUAUUCAAUUUACUCUUUGUACCUACUUUUUUUAUUAUUUAAAAAUUAAGGUUCAAUUAAUAACACCAUUAGAGACCAUCAUAUUAGGUGGCAUUUGUAAAAAAAUAAAUUUGAUCAUAUGACCAAUUUGAAGCCUUGUGGAAACCAUGUAAAUAAAUAAAGUUGCUGUCAUGGUUGGGCUAUGAAUGGUAAAAUAUAUGACUAGAAAAAUAAAAAAUAAGAACAAUCGGUUUUCACUUCUUGCUUUUCUAAAAUGAAUUUAUUUUCUUAUUCAUAUAAUCUAAUUCAACGUAAGUCUUUUAUUGGUAUUGUCUGUUGGACUUCAAAAUUUAAAUCAAAAAGAGUAGAGGGAUUAAAUUUCAAAUGUGUGAAGGGUAGAGGGACUAAGAGCAUAAUUAAACUGUUUUAUGGUCCUUGUAAUUAGUGGCAUAUUGCAAAUAACUGAAGUAUGUGUGACUGGAGCAAUAAUUAAUGUUCCCCGCUAACCGGCCGCUUAUGACAAAACUGUAACUCUAUGCGAGGUCUUCAGUAUACCUUUUUAAGCAGCUUCAAGAAGAGCAAAGGCACAACAAUGGUUAUUAUUAAUUAUUAGCCACUCUUGAUUUUUAUGAUUUUAGGUAGGUUUGUUUGUAAUUAUAUAUGUGUGACAUAUUUGGAUAACUACAGUAAUCAAUGAAUUUUACUAAAUUCGGUUUAA